AUGGCUCCUCUCACUUCCCUGAGGCUUUUCUUGGGCCUGUUCCUGGUCCUGGGUGAAGUGUUCGCCAGCAUCCCUAGGAAGACCGUACAAUAUGACAAUGCUAAGAUUUUCAGAGAGAAUGGCAUUUCAAACUAUUCAACGAUGACAUUGAGAGAGGACCUGGGUGUCCUUGUCAUUGGUGCUAGAGACGCCGUAUACGCUCUGGACCUCGAGGACAUCUCCUCGAAAAAGGCUGGGGUCUACUGGCAGGUCUCAGAGGAGCAGAAAACGUCCUGCGAGAGCAAGGGAAAAAAUUCAAUGGAAUGUCAAAACUACAUCAAGACACUUCAGACUCUCCACGAUGGCAGGAUGUUGGUGUGUGGGACCAACGCAUACAACCCCACAUGUGACUAUAUGACCUACGCAAACGGAACGUUGACSCUGGAAGGGAAGAAGGAAGAGGGGCGAGGGAAAGUUCCCUUUGACCCCUUCCAGAGGUCAACCUCGGUCAUGGUUGGGACAGAACUAUAUUCAGCCACGGCGGUCAACUUCCUGGGUACUGAGCAGGUGUUUCAGCGUCACUCCUUCCCACCUAUCAGGACCGAACACAGACAGUCCUGGCUUAACAAGCCCUCCUUCGUACAGUUGGACGUCGUCCCCGAGAGCAUUAACAACCUCGAUGGGGACGACGAUAAAGUCUAUAUGUUCUUUAGCGAGGAGGCCAUGGAGUUUGACCUGCCAGACCAGAUCAGGGUAUCUCGUGUGGCACGGGUCUGCAAGGGGGAUAUGGGUGGUCAGAGGACCUUACAGCAAAAGUGGACGUCCUACCUGAAGGCCCGUCUUGACUGCCCGGUGCCCCUGGAACCUAGCCUGCCAGCCAUCAUUCAGGAUAUCUUCCUCCUGAAAGACCAGGAUUGGAGGAAGAGCGUGUUUUACGCUGUUUUCAGCCCGCAGACACCCACAUCGGAUCUCUCUACUGUGUGUGCCUUCAGCGUGGCUGACAUUGGGAAAGUCUUCGCUGAGGGUAAGUAUAUGACUCCGGUGACAAUGCAGUCAGAAACAAGGUGGGUUACCCACACCGAAGAGGAGCCUGUCCCACGACCUGGAACGUGUAUGAACAAUGCUGUGCGGGACCUCGGGAUUGAGCACUCGCGGGACCUCCCUGACAAGACCCUGCAGUUCGUCCGUGACCAGCCACUCUUGGAGGGAGCAGUGCCUCCGCUGACCGGGGGUCCACUGGUGCUGCAGAGGGGAGCCAGGUUGUCAGUGAUUGUUGUGGACAGAGUCAUGGCCGUGGAUGGAGAAAUCCACCAUGUUAUGUUUAUUGGAACAGAGGAGCGAAAGGUGCAGAAGGCUGUGCAGUACGCUGCUGGUGACACAGUCAUCAUCCAAGAGAUCCAGGUGUUCCAGACUCUGGAGCCAAUCAAAGUGCUGCGUCUCUCCUCUGGCACGGGACAGCUCUAUGCAGGCUCAGAGUCUGGAGUGGUCCAGAUUCCAGUUAGGGACUGUGGUCGGUAUGGGUUCUGUCUGGACUGUAUCCUGGCCAGAGAUCCUUACUGUGCCUGGGACACCACCUCAGCAACCUGCUCAUCUGUCCUCAACUUACCCACUGGCUCCAGGAACAUGUACCAAAGCCUUAUGCAUGUGGAUGCCUCGCUGUGCCCCCGAUCAGUCCCUGUGAAGCCACUUCCAUUACCAUUCAAUGUUGGGAGCUCCAUCCACCUGCCGUGCCAACCAGCAUCCAACCUGGCACAGGUGAGCUGGCACUUCGCUAGGCAGCCCCUCCAGCUGAGAGACAGGUACCAGAUGUUGAGCCAGGACUUGUUGAUAGUGAGUGCCGUAGCUUCAGACGCUGGUCGGUACACCUGCCAGAGUCUGGAGGAGGUCAAAGGUCGACUCUACACCAGGACAGAGGCUGCCUACAUCCUGCAGCCCACAAAGACUCUACUGGUCCUGCAGAUAUAUGUGGCUCUGCUGUCUGUGCUGCUGGGGGUUGUGGUCCUCUGGAGUGUCAGGAGARACUUCAGACUCAGGGUCAGAAUUCACCCAGCAGAACCCAGCCAGAACAACAACAACAACUGGAGGACAGACCCUGGUUGUGUCCCUGGGUCUGAAGUGAACAACAAUCACAUGUCACCGGUUAACAGCUCAUCUGACGCAGUUAUCCACAUGGGUGACAUCUGAGCUGGGACUAAUAACUGAGACUAGGGGUGCGUUCAAUUCGAUUCAACGUUUGCUAUGUUGCGUGACGGUUUGUACUGAACGACACGUUUCCCCAAAACGGUGCUCACCAUUCUUAGACAGCCUUUGAGGUACGUUCGCUCCCAUUUUGGUGGGUGUGACGAACUGUUGCCUGUUCAAUAAAGGGUGUGGACUAUUUGAAAUCUCUAAACAUGCGUAGCACACACCWUACAAUCUCCCUCCGGGCCACAACAAUCACACCGUUUUUCAGCGGGUUGUUCAGUACCGUUUCCGUUUGAAAUAAAAGUUGAACCCCAUUCUGCCGUACUGACAACACCCCUAGAAUCACCAGCACCAUUCUUUACUCAUUG